AUGUUGUUAGAGCUGUCGAAGCUUUUAUGGGGGUUAAUCUUGGGUACUGCCGGCCUCUUCUGCACCGCUGUUUAUCGGUUAUGGUUGCACCCGUUACGAGCAUAUCCAGGGCCAUGGUGGUGGGCCGUCUGGCGAGUUCCAUAUCUGCGAAGCACCAUUCGUGGCACCAUCGUCCGAGACAUCCAGAAACUGCACAAGCAAUAUGGACCAGUCGUGCGGAUUGCGCCAGAUGAACUCUCAUACAUCGCACCAGAGGCCGCGAAGCCAAUCUACACGUCGAACCCGGAGUUUUCAAAGGAUCCCAUGCAUCUUCCUCCAUUCCACAAUGGCGCCCCGGGCAUUCUUGCUGCUGACCACGCCCACCACCGCAGGUAUCGCCGGCUUCUGGCCCACGCCUUCUCAGACAAAGGAUUGCGUGCGCAGCAAGUCAUGAUACAGCGGCAUAUUGAUCGCCUAAUCGCACGGCUACACGAGAAAUGCUCGACUGAAUCUUCGGACAUGACUGUCUGGUUUAACUGGGCCACCUUCGACAUAAUCGGUGAUCUUGCCUUCGGUGAGUCGUUCGGAUGCUUGGAGAAAGCAGAGACGCACCCCUGGAUUGCCUCGAUUCAAGGAAACGUCAAAGCGAUCCCCAUCCUCAAUGCUCUGCGUCGCUACCGAUUAACUGGAAUACUCGGCCUGCUUGCUCCUGCUAAUCUGGUUGAAAUGCGUCGGCGGAAUGCACAAUUCACGGCGGACAAAGUCGAUCGCCGGUUGCAACAUGCAGCUGCCACGCGAGGUGAUUUGUGGGACUCAGUCCUGGCAGACAAGCCGGAUGGCGAGCCUCCAAUGUCCCGGGCUGAAAUGGUCAGCAAUGCGAGCGCGAUUGUCCUGGCGGGCAGCGAGACAUCGGCGACCUUGCUAAGCGGCUGCAUAUGGCUACUGUUGACCAACCCAGAGUAUCUCCAGCAACUCACCAAUCGCGUUCGGUCCCGGUUUUCUAGUCCUGCAGAGAUCGAUCCGCAGACCGUUACACUCAUCGAGGGGCUGCAGGCCGUGCUCGAGGAGUCGCUCCGUCUUUACCCGCCGGUGCCAAUGCAGAGCAAUCGCAUUGUUGGUCCGCAAGGCGCACUCAUUGCGGGAAAGUGGGUUCCUGGAGGGACCUCUGUCGCCGUCCAGCAGUUUGCAGCGUGUAGGUCUCCCGAUAACUUUAGUCGUCCGGACGAGUUUCUCCCGGAACGAUGGAAAGGCGAGGGCGAGUUCGCCAACGAUCACCGCGAGGUCUCGCAGCCGUUCAGCAUUGGCCCUCGCAACUGCAUUGGUCGUCAACUAGCGUUUUCAGAAAUGAGGCUAAUUCUGGUCCAUGUCCUGUGGCAUUUUGACUUGCAGCUGGACCGGGCGCGCAUGAAAGACGCAGACUGGCUGGCGGAGCAGGGAAUCUGGAUUCUGUGGGACAAGAAGCCGCUGUGGGUCGUGUUGAAACCAAGGGAAAAGAAAUAA